AUGAGUGACUCAAGGACUUCGAAAGCACAGAAUCUUGCUCGGAUACGCGACAACCAGCGUCGUUCACGUGCGCGCCGCAAGGAAUAUCUUCAUGAGCUCGAAAUCAAACUGCGAAGCUGCGAGCAAGCCGGGAUCGAGGCAUCGUCUGAAAUUCAGAGUGCAGCCAGAAGAGUCCUAGACGAGAACAAGAAACUUCGCGCACUCUUGUAUGAACGGGGUGUAUCUGAACAGGAACUUGUAGCGGCAUUGGGUGGACCUCCCGAGAGAUCAUACGACCAGAUUUCCUCAGCACCAACGCUGAACACCAUGCUGGAACGAAGAAUUCCCUGCAACAUGCUGUCUUCCACCAGCUCACCGGCACCCGCACACACCAGGGCAGCUUCAUUGCCCCGUCACAUGCCCUCAGUACAGUCAAUCACUGUUCCGGCAUCCCGCGCAACAGCGCUGAGCUGCUACGACUCCGCCAGUCCUGGCUCAAUAGUGUCCAGCAUGGGGACCCCACCACCAGCUUCCUACUCGACACCAUUCUACAGCACGCCAGCGACCCCUCCUGCUUCAGAGAUCAAGACAGAAGGAGUACAAUACGACUACCCGUAUGAGCAAGCUUACAACGGCUCCUGGGCCUACUCAAAUCAUUACAACUUUGCUGCGGAUCCAGUCCCCUAUUACAACUCAACGUCAUGCGUCGAUGCCGCCAACAUCAUACGUACGAUGCGAUCUGAUGUCGGACCCGAGCUGGAAGCUGGCUUUGGAUGUCGUACCCCGGACCAACAUUGCUAUGUCAACAACAACAUGGUUUUCGGCAUGAUGGAUAGGUACUCGAACCAACACACUCGUAUAUGA